GUGAAUAAAUUGGCUUGUCUGGAGGUCAGAAUAAGCUAUGUGUGCUUAACAUAGCAACCGACACUACAGGUUCCGUGUUACAUGUCAGUAAUAUAUAUCUGAAAUCCUCAGGAGACGAUUUUUUGAUUACUUUCGAUCUUUCUGAGCAUACUCUAUCAAAAUGUACACAGCGAGCUCUUCCCAAACGCAUAGCUGAACACAGUCCUUUGUGAUUUUUAAAAGGCGAAUGAAGAACAAUCAAUAGUUCAAUACUGGAAUAUCUUGUGAACUUUGGUUACACUGACCCAUCAGAUAUAUCUUUCAAUAUCAUCUAUACAGUUGGAUGAUUUGAUUUAAGAAUAGUGCAUACAAUAACUUGUCCACUGUAGAUGCUGAAGAUGCCACAGGUAUUCGUUGUUUGACAACGCUUGAACCAGUAACACUUUCUAAUAUGAAUCGUACCCACCAAGUGGAAUCAAAAGACAGAGGCUAAAGAGGUUUGAAGAUAUGUUUGAUAGGCUAUCAAUAUAUCAAGCAUUGUCUGAUCUAAUCUGGCUAGCGAUUGUAGGGGUUGUUAAGCACGGCGAUCCCACACGUAAUCUGGUGCGGAUGCAUGACCGAGCGCCUUCAGCUAGGUGAGUCCAUUAAAACCAAUGUGGUCGGCAUCCAAUGUCGAAGACUUACAGAGUUAUUUAUUUUGAGGAUUUAUUUACCGCUACAAGGCGUUAGAAAUUCAUCAGGCUGUAGGACAAACUAAUAGUUGCCAAUCUAAUGUAUAUAAUUUUAAAAAUGAGUAAUAUUUAAUGCUCAAUACUGAAUGUAAGAGCACAAAAACAAACAAACGAACAAAUAAAUAAAUAAACAAUUUAUUCGUGAAAUAAUACUGAAAUGAAAUGAAUUCAUUACUAUUGUAUUGUUGUUGUUGUUGUUGUCUUUGGAUCAAUUAUACGAAUACAUGGUAUAUACUUGAAUUCACCAAUGAUCAUUUGAAUAAGUAAUAAUGUAUUAAAAUUAAUGAAUGCAAUGGCGUAAUGUAAUACUCUCUCUCUCUCUCUGUAUAUAUAUAUUUCGACCGAAAUGUACACCAUUCAUUUCAAUUUCAACAGAAUCAUUCUAUAGACCAAGGUAUGGGUAAUGUAAACUGAAUAUAUUCAAAAAAACGAUUGUUGAUAAUUUGUUACAUCACUAAUUUAUAUUGGAUAUUUUCAUUGAGAUAUAUGAAUUGAUCGUGAGUGAGCAGUAAUUUUAUUAAGACACGAGACUCAAUGUACUGGCUUGGAUUCCCAGUAGGUGACUGUCGUAGACGCACACUGCCAAAUCGUCUCAUUUAGCGACAAAACAGUCAUCUGUCUCGUGUCCUACAUUCGUUGGUUAGUGAUCUCAUCAAAGGUUUCAAUUAGUGACUUCGAUUCAAGCUUGUAAUGCAUAGUAGUCGAUUAAUUCACAAAUCAAACACUGAUGACAUUAAUGUACUUUCACACUACAAUCUGGUGUGCAUGCAACUGUUAUGUCAAUAAACAAUUUGUCAAUAAAUAACAAUUGUAUAUCUUACGUGAAUAUUUUCUCAACUAGAUGACAUGAAUGCGUUAGAAUGUGGCUUAUGAUAUUUCACUAAUGAAAGACUGUAAUCAGGGAUUGUUAUCAGUGCUUUAAUGACUGUUUUACAAUUUUCAGAUAAUAUCGCACAUUUCUGAUUAUCAAUCUUUCUAACUGACGUCCAAUCACUUCUGUAAUAAACAUCAUGCGUGAAAGUUUUGAUAUAGUUGUACGAAGUGAUAAAUAUACAUUGACAGUCAAAUUGUUGUACAGUGUUUCAAUUAUUCUAUUGAUCAUAUGGUUGAUGAACAUUUUACCAAGUCUUUUCAAUGGAGAAUCAAUCAAGUCGAUCAUGAUGUAAUACCUAAAACAAUAGAAUUUUCGUGCAAUAAUAUAUCUGUUCCAAACGGGUCAGAAUCAGAUCUUGCUAGUAUAUUACACAAAAUAUAUUCCCUAUCAGUAAAACAUCCGUUCAAAAAUACCCACUGAGAUAUAGUCUGGAAGAAAAUAGACUUGAGAAAUUAUAUGAUUCAUUGGGUGUGAAUAAGACGGUAAGUUGACUAUUAGAAAUAUUCUUUGAUGUUGAAUAGACUGACUGUCUUCUAAUUAACUGAUCCUUACUAAUUAUUCAUUGAUAUUUCAAAAUGAUCGAGAUUAUGUGUGCAAAAUAUUUGUGUACAUUGUUCAAUUUCAUAGUAGUUUACGUCACAGUGAUCCACUCACCACCAGGUCUGUUGUUGGAUCAUCACAGAAACUUUGGUUGAGAGAUGAUGUUUGUAAGUGGAAUGUGUAUGGUGAGAUAUAUGAGGAGUUGAAGACACGUUCUUCAGAUGUUUCUGGAUGACAAGUGUGAAAUAACGUCAGUUUCAAACUCUCCAUCAAAUUGAUACUCACAUCUCGUGAUCGUUUCACUCAAAUGGCAUCAAUUGCAUGAAUGACAUCAAUAAUAAACCUCGCCAUCACUACUAACCAUCAGGAUAAAUAUCAUUGAUAGAAAGGUUGUGAAUUAUCCCAUUGUUUAUAAUCUUGUCUGGAUUUUGAUGAAUCUCCGAAGGAAAGAACCUCGAAUCCUAGUUUCCAUUGCUGCUCACAACUAUAUCCAUUCCAUAAAACAUUUGGACAUAUACCGUUCACUUGGAUAUCAGAUUGACGAAAUCAUAUUUUGUGCGUUUGAUUACUGAACUAUGUAUGAAAUAGAUGUUAGAUAUGAUGCUCAUUAAAUUAUGAAAAUCAACACAUGAAUUUGUAUCAACUCAUGUUUCAGGUGAAGACGUUUCUCAACUAUGGGCAUCGUACAAUUUUUAGACCAAUGAACUUUUCAAAAUGUCAUGCUUCGAAAUGUGCAGUUAUCACUGACAUGAACAGAUGGCGAGAAGCUGAUGCACUUAUACUGACAGAAGAUAAAGUGCCAAAUGGAAUUCGACCUCCAGAGCAAUUAUGGUUUAGUUUAAUAGAAGAGUCGCCUGUACAUAUUGCUAUGGCAGGUACACUGGAAAAUGAAAUUAAUUACACUAUCUCCUUCCGUCUGGAUUCAACGAUUUACUCACCAUACGGUUCCUAUGAGCCAUACAUGAAGCACCAUGGUCCAGAAACACGAUAUCCUUUACCUUCUAGAAACUUCGCUACUGGGAAAUCAAAAAAGUUGCAUGGUUUGUGAGUAACUGUAUACCGAAAAGUCCAAGAAUGCAAUACGCCAAAGAACUUUCACGAUAUAUCCCGCUUGAUAUUUAUGGUCAGUGUGGCACGUUAUCCUGUCCAAAGUAUAAUCCGACUUUUACCUCAUCAGAUAGCUGCUUGAAAAUGAUUCGCGAAAAUUACAAGUUUUAUUUGAGCUUCGAAAAUAGUUUGUGUAGUGAAUACAUAACAGAGAAGUUGUAUAAAAAUUCAUUGAAGUAAGUGGUUUGGUAUUAAUCUUGCAUUAUAGUGUAAUCAAAGUCAUCAAUUUAUUUAUGUGUGCAUAAUCAUCGUCUCAAAUUGUCAUAUUAUUUCAGAAAAACGAAAUGAAAUUGGCAGAGUGAACUGGAAUGAAUUACAUUGAUGUUGGUUUUAGUGAUAGGCGGCAACUCAUAGUCAUCCAGCACUUACUUAUUUACUUACUUACUUACACACUUACGCCCGUUACCCUUCGUGGAGGAGCAUAUGCCAACCACCACCAUUCUCCAUCCAAUUCUGUCGUGGACAAUCCUUUCGAGUUCCCAAUGUCUAAAGGCGAAGUCGUGCUGCUGACUGUACAGAGCUGUGACAGCAGUAAGGUGUUUCCUUCAGACAACCAGCAUGACAGCAAUGCUGCCUUCCCACAAGGAGGGGUGGGGUUAGAAAAGGUCGACUCUAAAAAUGCACAUC